CCCGAUCAACCCCGGGCACCGAUCAGUUCGCAUCGAGCCUCGGUGGGCAUCGGAUUCAACUUGAGUGCAAGUGUAGCGUCGUCGUCGGUCGCGAUCACGUGAUCGUUAGUAUUGGUGGUUUUAGUGAUAAAAAGUUCCUUGCUUUUGACGCCGCAGGGCGGCCUUUUGCAACUCGGUGGUGAACUACACAAUAGGCGGGCCGUGGACGGAUUUUAUUGUUGGCCGGUGAAGAAGUUGCAAAGCCAAUUGCACCUAAUAAAUUGUGAGGUUAUCGAGAGCGGCUAACCGUGGAUCCCCCCGACGGUUCAGAAUCACAACACUUUUACAUUACAGGUAGAAUAUGACCAAAUCCAACUCUAGAGCAACCAUGCGGUUGCUGCUACUGGCAACUGUAGCCCUGCUACCGUCAGCCUUCGGUGGAUCACCGUUUAUGCAUCGGCAGAGAACUAUCGCCCGAACCGUCAGCUCCAACAUCACCACUGAAGAACCGGUGCUCGCAAAUCCCUACUUGGCCCCCGGCGGAAAGGAAGCCCUCGGAACCAAACAGGUGUCGGAUUUCAUCACCAGCCAGGGCAAAAAUGUCUUCGAUGUGGUCUACCAGUGGAACAUCAUUGAUUUCCUGUACCCGAGUCUGAAGGCUCGUAACGAUGCCAUUCGCACCAAACAAUUCAUCCCGGAGAACAACCUCCCGCUGGGCGUUGACCGCUUCCGUAAUCGUAUCUUCAUCACCACACCUCGCUGGAACCCAGGUGUACCGGCUACCCUAUCCUACCUCCCGCUGCCAGUCCAAGACCCAAGCCUACCACUGAUCCCCUACCCGGACUGGAGCUUCCAUACAUCUCCGCAGAACCCCGACUGUAGCCGUCUGGUAUCCGUGUACCGGAUCUACGUGGACGAAUGCGAUCGCCUUUGGGUCCUCGAUGCCGGAGUGAUCGAUACUCUGACCAACCUGCAGCAGAUCUGCCCGCCGAAGAUCCUGGCGUUCAACCUUCAAACCGAUGAACUCCUUUUCAGUUACACUCUCCCAGCGGAUCAGGUCAAACAGGACUCGCUGCACACAAACGUCGUUGUGGACAUCCGGGACGGCCAGUGCCAGGAUGCUUUCGCCUACAUUGCCGAUGUUUGGCGCUAUGGAGUCACCGUGUUCAGCUUGCGGGAGUUCAAGAGCUGGCGCACCACUAACUACCUAUACAACCCAAAUCCCUUUGCCAGUGACUACAACUACAAGGAGCUGAACUUCCAGUGGUCCGACGGAGUCUUCGGCAUGUCCCUGUCUCCGGUUCACAGAAACGGCGAUCGUAUGCUUUUCUACCAUCCUAUGUCCAGCUACACGGAAUUCCAAGUCCCGACCUCGGUCCUGCAGAACGAAACCAUCUGGCAGAACUUCGGACUGGCCAAGGCGUUCCAACCGGUCGGUAGCCGUGGCAAGGCCGGUCAAUCGUCCACCUCCGGAGUCGCCCGCAACAACGUGCAGUUCUUCACGCUAGUCCAGCAGAGCGGCGUUGGCUGUUGGGAUUUGGGCAAACCGUACAACCGCAACAACUUGGGUGUAGUCGAAAAGGACAUGGACAAACUGACGUUCCCCAACGAUUUGAAGUUGGAUCGCGAGACGAAGCAAUCGAUCUGGGUGAUCAGCAACAAGUUGCCGGUGUUCCUGUACUCGCGGUUGGACUACAACGAAGUAAACUUCCGGGUGCUGAAUGCCGGAGUGCAGGAAGCAGUGCAGAAUACGGUGUGUGAUCCGCGGAUGCCACCGAGCUUGGCCUACUCGAAAGAUCCUGAGUGUGAUGCGUAGAGAGAUUUGUUAGUUUUAUGUGUUCUGAGUAUUAAGUUUUACGAUUAUUGAUAGAAAUUGAUUAGUGUAAGUUAUUGUAUUGAUACAGCCAUGCUGAUAAUGAUUCCAUGUUCGACCAGUGAAAUAAAUUAUUUAUAAGAAGUUUA